AAAACCAAAAUGAAGCAUGCUUAACAAUAAAGCAGCUAUAGAUCAAGGAAAACAAAUCCAUAGAAUUGAGGAAAUCUAAAGGAGAAAAGGCACGUGUGGCACAAGGAAGCUAAUGCAACAAAAUUUUCACUUCAAACUCGAGAAAUAAAUCCAUCCAUUUAUCUGGAAAUGCAUGCCGGCAACUAACCUGCGAAAAAAUGGAGGACGCUUAUGCCAGAUCUGUACACCAGGUUUUGGAGGCGUUUGGGGUGGACGCUGCUAGAGGCCUUACGGAUUUGCAGGUUGCUGAGCAUGCAAGGAUUUAUGGCAGAAAUGUGCUGCCUCAAGAAGAAAGCACACCUUUCUGGAAAUUAGUCUUGAAGCAGUUUGAUGAUUUGCUAGUGAAGAUUCUGAUUGCAGCUGCUGUAAUAUCAUUUGUCUUAGCCGUAAUUGAUGGAGAGACAGGAUUUAGUGCCUUCUUGGAACCUUCUGUUAUACUAUUGAUUCUAGCAGCUAAUGCAGCGGUUGGAGUCAUAACGGAAACAAAUGCUGAAAAAGCUUUGGAAGAACUAAAGGCUUAUCAAGCUGAUGUUGCAACUGUCUUGAGAAAUGGCCUCUUGUCAAUUAUACCUGCAUCUGAUCUUGUUCCCGGGGAUAUAGUGGAAGUUGGAGUUGGGUGCAAGGUUCCAGCUGACAUGCGGGUAAUUGAGAUGCUGGGGAGUCAGUUGCGUGUUGAUCAAGCUAUACUAACUGGUGAGAGUUGCUCGGUAGCAAAGGAAGUGGGUGUAGUAUGUACAACCAAAGCUGUGUAUCAAGACAAAACCAACAUUCUCUUUUCUGGAACUAUUGUGGCAGCUGGACGGGCAAAAGCCAUUGUUGUUGGUGUUGGCUCAAAUACUGCAAUGGGAAGUAUACGUGAUGCAAUGUUAAAGACAGAAGAUGAAAUGACACCGUUAAAGAAAAAACUUGAUGAGUUUGGCACCUUUCUUGCAAAGGUUAUUGCAGUGAUUUGUGUUUUGGUGUGGGCCGUGAAUAUUGGCCAUUUCCAUGACCCUGCUCAUGGUGGUAUUUUGCGUGGAGCUAUUCAUUAUUUCAAGAUUGCUGUGGCAUUAGCAGUUGCGGCAAUUCCAGAAGGUCUUCCAGCUGUUGUUACCACUUGUCUUGCGCUUGGUACAAAGAGAAUGGCAAGAUUGAAUGCUAUUGUGCGGUCUUUACCUUCAGUUGAGACACUAGGGUGCACUACAGUGAUUUGCAGUGAUAAGACAGGCACCCUCACGACCAAUAUGAUGUCUGUUUCAAAGAUUUGUGUAAUUCAUUCUGUUCACCAUGGUCCUGUGUCAUCACAAUAUACAGUUACAGGAGCAACAUAUGCCCCAGAUGGUGUAGUCCAUGAUUUAGCUGGCCUACAGCUAGAUCAUCCUGCACAUUUACCCUGUUUACUUCACAUAGCAAUGUGCUCAGCUCUGUGCAAUGACUCAACACUGCAGUAUAAUCCAGACAAAGGGUCCUAUGAAAAAAUUGGAGAGUCUACAGAAGUUGCUCUUCGUGUUCUGGCAGAAAAGGUUGGCUUGCCAGGUUUUGAUUCAAUGCCAUCAGCAUUAAAUAUGUUAAGCAAGCAUGAGCGGGCAUCUUAUUGCAAUCAUUACUGGGAGAAUCAAUUUAGAAAGGUUGCUGUGUUGGAGUUUUCUCGUGAUCGAAAGAUGAUGAGUGUUCUUUGUAGCCGUAAGCAACAAGAAAUCAUGUUUUCUAAAGGUGCCCCGGAGAGUAUUAUAGCUCGUUGCACAAAUGUUCUUUGCAAUGAUGAUGGCUCUGCUGUACCUCUGACUACUGAUAUUCGAUCAGAGUUGGAAGAAAGGUUACACAGUUUUGGGCAAAAGGAGACGUUACGGUGUUUGGCUCUUGCUCUGAAACGGAUGCCACCGGGACAACAAUCAUUAAGUUUUGAAGAUGAGUCAAAUCUUACAUUCAUUGGACUGGUUGGAAUGCUUGAUCCACCAAGAGAGGAGGUGAGGAAUGCUAUACAAACAUGCAGGUCUGCUGGAAUACGUGUUAUUGUUGUUACUGGUGACAACAAGUCAACAGCAGAGUCUCUUUGUCGUCGAAUUGGAGCACUUGAUCCAUUGGAUGACUUAGCUGGAUGUUCAUAUACUGCAUCAGAGUUUGAGGAGUUAUCACCUAUACAACGGGCAAUAGCUCUCCAACACUUGGUGCUUUUUUCAAGGGUUGAACCUGCUCACAAAAGGAUGCUUGUUGAAGCACUACAACACCAAAAUGAAGUGGUUGCAAUGACAGGUGAUGGAGUAAAUGAUGCUCCUGCUCUUAAAAAGGCAGAUAUUGGCAUAGCAAUGGGAUCAGGGACUGCUGUUGCAAAGAGUGCUUCUGAUAUGGUGUUGACUGAUGAUAACUUUGCCUCAAUUGUUGCAGCUGUCGCAGAGGGGCGAGCCAUAUACAAUAACACAAAACAGUUCAUCCGGUAUAUGAUCUCUUCAAACAUUGGGGAAGUAGUGUGCAUAUUUGUGGCUGCUGUCCUUGGAAUGCCGGAGACUCUUGUGCCUGUGCAACUACUUUGGGUGAACUUGGUAACUGAUGGCUUGCCUGCAACAGCCAUUGGAUUCAAUAAACAGGAUCGAAAAGUAAUGUUGGUGAGACCACGAAAGGUUAAUGAAGCUAUUGUGAAUGGUUGGCUUUUCUUCCGUUAUUUAGUAAUAGGUGCUUAUGUCGGCCUUGCUACAAUUGCCGGAUUUGCAUGGUGGUUUCUAUACUAUGAAGGUGGCCCAAAAUUACCCUACAAAGAACUGGUGAACUUUGACACAUGUUCUGAGAGAGAAACAACCUACUCUUGCAAUAUAUUUGAAGACCGUCAUCCAUCAACAGUUUCAAUGAGUGUGCUGGUGGUGGUUGAGAUGUUCAAUGCCCUGAAUAACCUCAGUGAAAACCAGAGUCUAAUUGUUCUUCCUCCAUGGAGUAAUCUGUGGCUGGUCUCGUCAAUUAUUUUGACUAUGAUUCUCCAUAUGCUUAUACUUUAUGUACAACCACUGGCUGUGCUUUUUUCAGUGACUCCAUUGUCCUUUACAGAAUGGAAAAUGGUUUUCUGGCUUUCUUUCCCUGUAAUUUUAGUAGAUGAGGUCUUAAAAUUCUUCUCUAGAAAUCUAAAAGGGAAAAGGUUCAACUUCAGAUUUCGUAGACGUGAUCUAUUACCUAGGCAGGAAAUUCAUGAGAGAUAAUUUAUUCUUCACAGUCAAAGAAUUCAGUUUUGGAUUUUAAUAAAAUUUGCAAGGAAUGAUAGUAACAUUGAGGAAACAGAUCUUGGAAAGGAAUUACUUAGAUCUUUGAGGUGGAAUUGAGAUGUCAUUCUGCUCACAGAGGCUGGAGAGACUAUGCUAAAGCAGUGGAAUAUCUUUCAGUCUGAAAGGACAUAACAAUGUCAGUGACUAGUUGUAACAUUCCAUUAUAAUUUAUUCCAUAUGCUGCCAUGAUGUAUUCUCAUUUACCAAGGAGAUCCUGUUCUCCUGGUGUAAAUUGAAACAUUUUUGACCUGCAGUGUUAAUUUAAGCUUUUUAUCGCUUUAGUAAAAAUA